UGGUGUCGGUUUCCACUAGGUACCACAGCCACAAGUCAAAUUCCACAGCCAAAAAGUCAAAAUUAGCUACAAAAAGUAGCCUUGUGGUCUUCAUUUAAUGUUAGCAUUGUGGUUAAGAUUAGGUUAAAAUAUUUUAAGAAGAUAAAUUGUAGAAAUGGGCUGGGUUUAGCCAUAAUUAUGACUUUGUCGCUGUGUUAACUAGUGACGACCGGUGGUGUCCUCACGCUAGCAAUUGUUUUGAACUUACAGAAGCAACUGGAAAUCGGAGUUGCCUAGGUGUGACCACUUGGUAAGCUGUGUUGCAGAGACCACCAGUUCUACAGUCAUGCUGAGCACACCGUUGGAUAGACACACAGACUGACGAUGGACUGACCGGUCCUCUCCACCAGUCCCCUCCCCCUCCUCUCUGUAUUUGUGCCUACUGGAUCCUGGUCAGUGGAUCCUUGGGCGCUGUGCGUCAUGGCGUCCAACGGUUGGGCUGGGAGACAUUCCCUGUGGCGGUUCCUUUCGCCGUUUCGAAGCAGGCAGGAGCGUGUGGUGCUGGCACGCAGCGAGAGCAUGCCGGGGGAACACGUGCUGAAGAUCACCAUCACAGAGACCACGAUAAUCGAGGCAGAUUCAGGGGUGUGGAACUCCAAGUCGCUGGUCUACCUGGGCCUGUGGUAUUUCUUCAGCUUCUGCACACUUUUCCUCAACAAGUACAUCCUAUCUCUGCUAGAGGGGGAGCCAAGCAUGCUGGGCGCUGUUCAAAUGGUCUCCACCACCAUCAUAGGCUUUCUGAAGAUGUAUGUGCCUUGCUGCCUAUACCAGCACAAGUCCAGGACUGAGUACCCCCCCAACUUCCUCAUGAUCAUGCUGUUUGUGGGGCUCAUGAGGUUCACCAGUGUGGUGCUGGGUCUGGUGAGCCUGAAGAAUGUGGCCGUUUCCUUUGCCGAGACGGUGAAGAGCUCUGCGCCCAUCUUCACUGUCAUCAUGUCAAGGCUGAUCUUGGGGGAAUACACAGGUAUGUGGGUGAACCUGUCCCUCUUUCCUGUCAUGGCUGGUCUGGCCCUCUGCACUGCAACAGAGAUCAGUUUCAACAUGCUGGGCUUCUCCGCAGCCCUCUCCACCAACAUCAUGGACUGUUUACAGAAUGUUUUUUCAAAGAAGCUACUAAGUGGAGACACCUACAAAUUCAGCCCUCCAGAUCUGCAGUUCUACACCAGUGCAGCUGCAGUCAUUAUGCUCAUACCUGCCUGGGUCUUCCUCAUGGACAUUUCAGUGAUUGGGAAGAGUGGGCAUUCGUUCAGCUGGAGUCCAGACAUCGUUCUGCUGCUGCUGUUUGAUGGGGCCCUGUUCCACCUGCAGAGUGUCACCGCCUACGCUCUCAUGGGACGCAUCUCUCCCGUCACCUUUAGUGUAGCCAGCACAGUGAAGCACGCCCUGUCUGUCUGGCUGAGCAUCAUCUUGUUCAGUAACCACAUCACGGUGCUCAGCGCUGCCGGCACGGCCCUGGUGUUUGUGGGCGUGCUGCUGUACAACAAGGCCAAGCAGUUUCAGAGACACACCUUAAAGGCCCUGGCCCACGCCCAGGCUCAGGGCCACAACUACAAACCACUACUGCAGGAUCACAAGCUCAAAGCAUCGGACCGAUAGACUCCCCAGGAGACCAAGGGGGGAGAGACUCUCUAACUUUGAUCAUGUAGAACCUGAUACGCAGACGAUUUGACUAGACCAUGUUUUGACUCGCGCCAGCAUUAUGACGAAUGAGGGAAGUCAAUGGUCAUCAUAGCACGGUAGAAGGAUCUGUCACUCAAGUGAGGUUUCGUUCAAUAGGAAUGGUCCAUUUGAGAGGCUGGUUUCUCUUGAGGUUUCAUUCGGCCUCACUUUGAUGCAUUCUCUGAUACCUAUGUGAACUUGUCUUAGUGUGUGGUCUGACCGCGGACCACUGUUUGACAGUGGACUGGUGCAGCAGGUGUGAGCAAACCUUUUGGCUUGAGGGCCACAUCCGGAUUUCUAAAUUGAACGGGGGCCACACAGAUUUAUUUUUGACUGAUAUGUUUGUCAAAAUCCAUUUUUGUGCCAGAAACAUUCCAGUUAUUUUUAAAUAUAUAGGUCCAUUUAUAUUUCGACAUACUUUCUAUCUAGUUUUAGUUGUUCAAGUGUGGCCUGGAGUGUUUUUUUUAUUUUUUUUUUUU